AUGGAGGAGCAUUGCAAUAUUAUACAGGAACAACUGGAUGAUGUUGAAGACUGGAAUGACAGAAAGGGGGAGGCGGCGCCGGGGAAGGAUGCGCCGUGGGAUGCGGCGCCUGCGGGGAGCACCUUUGGGGGCCGCUGCUCCUCUCGCGUCAGCCCUCAAGGGGCCUUGGCCCGGCAGCCGCCGCCGCCUCCUCGCAGCCGGGCGGGCCCGAACAAAGGACUGCUGAGCCCUGCGCCGCGCGGCUGCAGUCAUGAGCCUGGACUUGUACAGAUGGUAAAUUACUACAGGGGAGCUGACAAACUUUGCCGCAAAGCUUCUUUAGUAAAGCUCAUCAAGACCAGCCCCGAGUUAUCAGAAUCUUGCAUGUGGUUCCCAGAGUCUUAUGUGAUAUACCCAACCGAUCUAAAGACUCCAGUGGCCCCUGCUGAAAAUGGAAUUCACCAUCUUAUAAACAACACCAGGACAGAUGAAAGAGAAGUGUUCCUAGCAUCCUACAACAGGAGAAAGGAGAGUGGGGAGGGCAAUGUGUGGAUAGCCAAGUCCUCUGCAGGUGCCAAAGGUGAAGGAAUUCUAAUUUCUUCAGAGGCUACUGAACUUUUGGAUUUUAUAGAUGAACAAGGACAAGUGCAUGUGAUUCAGAAAUACCUUGAAAAGCCUUUACUCUUAGAGCCAGGUCAUCGCAAAUUUGAUAUUAGAAGCUGGGUUCUAGUGGAUCACCAGUAUAAUAUCUACCUCUACAGAGAGGGUGUCCUCCGGACCUCUUCAGAACCGUACAAUAGUGCUAAUUUCCGAGACAAAACCUGCCAUUUGACCAAUCACUGCAUCCAGAAAGAAUAUUCUAAAAACUAUGGAAAAUAUGAAGAAGGGAAUGAAAUGUUCUUUGAGGAAUUUAAUCAGUAUCUGAUGAGUUCUUUGAACACUACGUUGGAGAGUAGUAUUUUAUCACAAAUCAAAAACAUAAUAAGAAGCUGCCUUAUGUGUAUAGAGCCUGCAAUCAGCACUAAACACCUUCACUACCAGAGUUUCCAGCUCUUCGGCUUUGACUUCAUGGUUGAUGAGGAACUGAAGGUCUGGCUAAUCGAGGUCAAUGGGGCUCCAGCUUGUGCCCAGAAACUUUAUGUGGAGCUUUGCCAAGGUAUAGUGGAUGUAGCCAUCUCCAGCGUCUUUCCCCUCAGCGAGACAGCACAAAAGCAGAGCCAGCCAUCAAUAUUUGUUAAGCUGUGAUGAAAGGCCAUCUCAGCUACAUACAUGGGUGAACUGCCAUCUGUUGAGUGAAAGGAAAGCUGUUUGAUCAUUUAUGUUAGUAUCAUGCCAAAAAGAGAUAUCCACAAGGAAAAAGUCACAAGGAAAAAGAUAAGUCUCCAAGGAGAGCUGAGGACAAGCCAAAGUUGUUCAGACAACUCUGCCUGUGUUUUACCAAGCUUUACAUUAAGAACAGCUCUUUGAUAAAAUUAGACUUUAACUGAAGCAGAUCUCUCUGGGAGAACAGCAAAAUAAUGUUUAUUAAACUGGGAUACAAUAAUAUUGUAUUACUUCAUCCUUUUUUUUAAAAAAAAGAAACAAACCUUUUUCCUUUUUGUUUUAAUUAAUAAGGCAAUUUAGUGAACAGUAUCAGUAAUCUUCCAGGACUUCAUGCUUGGAAGUUUUGUCAUCUCUUGGUGUAUGUUUUCUUGUUUCCUCACCUGCUGCAGUUUUAGUGCCUUAGCUCAGUUCCAAUAGGUGAUUCCUUUUUGUUCUUGAUCCUUUACGUAGAGGUAAAAAGGUCUCUUGCUUUGUUGGAUGUGUAAAGCAAGAAAAAAUAACCCAUUUUUGUUUUUUUUCUUUAACCAGCUAGCUAAACACCUAAUAAUAGAAUGGCAAAGAGGCUAUUGACAGGAUAAUGUGCGAAGUGCAGUGAUUUAGCCUACCAAGUGAAAGAGGUUUUAUUUACUUUUAUCCCCGUUUCUAAUGAGAUUUGAAUCAGUUGUCCAUCAAAGUCUGAUAUAGCUAGAAAACAAACACUGAGACCUCUUGUGCUGACCUGCAGUUGUCAAGGUCCUGACUCUUCUGUGGGGAAUGCUCAUAAAACAGAGAGUCCAGUUUUCUUGGAAAACUGGCUCAGAGAUUUCCAAAUUAUUUUAAUUCCACUCUCCUUCCAGCUUUUCCAUUUAUAAUGCUUUCAUUUUUAUUAAACAAAAGAGUCUUAUGUUAAAGGACCAAGUCUUUACAGACGUUAUUUCUUAUUCAUUUUUUUUUUAAAAACUCUUCAUGUUACCUUAAUGCACUUGACACUAAAAACUUUUCAGCCCAACUGAUUGUGUUUUUCUCCAUUUGACAAACAUUAAAUUUUUCUGCAUUUACAGGCCAGCACCAAAAAUGACUACUUUGUGCCCCAGGCAUUAUCAGUCAUAAAUACCCCCAGACCUAAGGAAGUUUUUUGUAUGAAAAAUAGUAGGGAAAUGUUAACUGCACAUUUGUUUUGUUGCAUGAUUUUGCAGUCCUUUUUACGUUUCUUAAGGUCAUUGAAUUUAGAAACCUGUAUACAUUUUUAAAUGUAGCCAAACUUAAUGUAUGGAAUCCUUACAGUUUUCCCCACUUCAUCACAAACAGUUCCUGUAAGUCUGAUUCAAUUUUCAGUCUAAGCAAGUUAGCCAUCUUCCCUCUGAGCUUUGUCUCUUUGUAGAACACUACUUCAGAUCAGAACUUUGCUCUGUCAUCUCUGACAAUGAUAUCACAAAUUCAGUUCAUAGUUAACUACAUUAAUGAUAGUGAUCUGAGCAAAAUAAAAUGGGCCCCUGUCACUGAAAAUGCAUUUAGACACUACAUGAUUCUAGUUGUGUAAGUUUAGAAAAAUGGAUCAAGUUGUAUAGUUUUUGCCUCCUAGGACAGGCUUGAGCACUCUUAUACACUUACCUCCAUUUAAAGCUGAGCUUCCUCAGCUCUAAAUCAGUGCCAGUGUAGAACUCAUCAAAUUACUAAUCCUGGCAGCCUUCCUUACUGUGCAAAAUCAUUGAUGUUCAUUAAUUUCAUUCACUGGAUGCAGGGAGUAUCUCUUCCAUAUUUGAUUAUUUAUAGCAACAACAGGUUUGGAGUGGGCUCAACAGCUCAUUUUUAGUUUUUGUUUCUGAAAACUUUGGCCACAUGAUUAUCAGAUCAUCACCCAUUGCCCUUUCUGGCUUUCAUUGUAUUUAGUGUAAAUAAAUACCUCUUUAUGGCUUUGCCACUUCACUGCAGAUCCCUAACUCUAGCCUUGAGGCUAUGGAGAUAGUUCUGUUGGGCAUGCUUUUCUUCUGAAAUGUCCUUUGAACAUCAUUUGAUACUUCAGCCCACAGUAGGAGGGGUGGCAUUGAGCAUUAGGAAAGCAGUUAAUAUUCCUUGGUUGCAUGGCAUUAUUUUCCUGAUAGCAAUUGACAAAGGACAGAUCUAAUCCCACUCCUGCUGUUUAGCCAGGGGACAGUGUAAGGGCAGGAAUUUGUUUUGCGGUCAGGAGUUGUCAGCUGGGUUUUCAUAGCUGCAGAAAGGAAAGGAAACUUUUUUUUUUAAUUAUUAUGAAGAAUUGGUACUUGGCUCCAUUGCAAAAUAUGGUUUUGAUACUGAUAUUAAAAUAGACCCAAUAAAGUGCAUCAGUGAAGCGUAUGAGAUAUUCCUAGUUCAUAUGAUGAUGAUUAAUAAGGCCAGAGGCUUUGUCAAUAAAACACCAAUCAUUAUAAAAGUAUAUUCCUGUUUUGGUGCUCAUGUCUUUGGAUUUACACUGUCAUUGAAUGAGUGUUCACAGAAAUGUCAGGAAUUCAAAGGUACUGAAAUGUGUAUAUAUAGAAUGUGCAAAGUCCAGGGACUUUUAGAUUUCCACCAUAACAUGAAAUGUUAAAGAUAACAUAAAAGGUAAGCUGCAUAAGCUUCUCUUAAGCAGUAAGUGUGAAAUGAACUCAAGUUUUAAGUGUAUAAAUAGCUUUAUUGGUGGCAAAAUUAAUGUACAUUAGAACUAUAAAGAGAUUGCAAUAUUAUAUACCAGAAAUUAAGAAAGAUGACUGCUAUAACAUGGAUAAAAUGAGUUUGCUUGGUUAUGUAAACGGAUGAGACUUCCAAAAAAUGAAUGUUUAAACUUGGGUUUUUUGUGUCUGUAUCUAUGUUCCAAAAUAAGCUGCUUAAUUUCCAGUGAAGCUGAGCCCCGAACAGCUCCUAUUCAUUUUCUGAAAGCUGCAAAGAAAAAAAAAAAGGAAAUAAAUAAGCUUUUAAACGCUUAAAAAUCUUUGUGGGUCACCUUGGAAUUUAUAUUUCACUACCUGAUGUGAACUAAAUAAUGAAAUGCAAAAUAAGCUGUCUGGUCAACACCAUGAUCAGGGAAAUCUAAAUUAAAAGCAACUCAAAAAGGAUUUUUUUAAAAAUAAGGCUUUCCCUUUUGUACUUCUAUAUAAUGUGCAAAAUUAUGACUCCUGUUUUUAUGUUUAGAAAUACAAGCUUGUAUUUUUUCCUGGAUUUCAUAAAGAACCUCGUGGAUGUUGGAGGAUGUAUGUUGUAAACUCUAAACUCAUUUAACUGAGGAGGGAAAGUGGUGUUGAAUCUUUAUACACAUUUUCUAGAUGGUAAAUUUUAAGAAAUACUGGGGUCUAACUUACUGAGCUGAUAAUAUGCUUAAAGCUACUGCUUGCCCUGUCUGUAUAGAAAUUUUCACAUUAGCUAGCAUAAGCUUAAAAAACAAUUUUUCCUAAGGAUGAUGAGACCGAACAAGGUUUCCAUGGUUCUAUGAAAGAUCUCCUUUCUUUAGAAUGUUAACUAGAAAUUUGCAGCUAAGUAGAUAGAUAUUAACCAAAAAAAAAAAAAAAUAGAUUUGAAACAAUAAUUAAACCCCCAUCGCUUCUCAGUUACUGUAACUUUCAUUCUUGGUUCCUUUGAUUGGGAUUAGACAAAUUUUCAGCCACACAAACAUUGGCAAGAAAAUGCAGUUUUGCCAGUGAAUUGUUUUAUGGCAUUUUUCAGAUUGGUGGGGAGCAGGAAUCAUAAACAUUACAAUAUUUUGUUUCAAAACGACAUUUGUCAGGCUGCAGUUGGAGUACUGCGUCCAGUUCUUGGCGCUGCACUUCAGGAGGAAUGUGGCUAGUAUUGAGAGGGUCCAGCGGAGGGCCACUUGCAUGG